AUGGACCCCCCUGGUACAACUCUAGUAGUUUUUGCUGGUGAUCAAUUGGCCAUUAAACUUAAAGUGUUUUUUCUAGCAUACGCUCGUGUUCCCGGCGACAUUUGGUUUCAACAAGACGGCACCACUUUCCACACAUCCCAUCAGCCAAUGCGUUUAUUGCGAGAAAAUUCGAAACUAAUCAUCCUCGCUUUCGCCAUAAUCGGUUGCGCCGCCGCCCAAUUCGACUCGGCCACACAAGGUCCCAACCCACAGGACAUCGCCACACCCGAACCCGAAUAUAUUGACAUCGACGAACCACUGCCCGCACCAGCCGCCGCGCCCAUCCCAGUACAAGCUCGUUCCAGCUUCAUUCCCGCACCACGUCCCGUUGCCCAACCCAUCCCCAUUGCGGCGCCAUCCUUUGUACGUGCACCCACCCAAGCCAUUCCCAUUGCGGCGCCAUCCUUCGUACGCGCACCCACCCAAGCGUAUCUGCCACCCGGCAGCAGCCACGCACAAGGCGGACACGUCUUCAGCCCACAAGGCGGCUACCAAUACAGACAAGUGCGCAGACGUUUCGUCUAUCGUCGCCGUUAUUAG